GGGGUUGUGAAGCAAUGUGACCCACCAUUUUUUUUUUUGUUUGAAUCUUUGUCUACUUUUCUUUCGUAGUGUUUUUUUCUUGUAGAAAAAUAAGAAAUGAAAACAAACUAUAAACUUGUGUAUGGGUUUUGACCCUUACAUAUAUAUCUCUCUACACCUUCUCUCUCUUCAUCUUUCUUUCAAUUUAUCUCUGUGUUUUUUUUAUCUCCAUUUUCUUUGCUUAGAGCAACCACCAAGGCCACAAGGGUGUUAUCAUUUGAAAUCCAUUUUUUCGGUUUCGGAUUUUGGCUUUUUUUUUUCUUCUUCUUUUCUUAUAUGUUUGAACACACAUUCUCUUGUGCUUGGUAGGUUGUGCCGUUGAGACCAUGGGCCCUAAACUCCACUGACGAUUAAUGGUCAUUGGUGAAAACUGAAAGGAGUCUCCAUCUAGUCUUUCAGUGCUCUCUCUCUAUUUGCCCCCAUUCUCCCGCUGUCUCGCAUUUCUGCUUUUUCGGUUCUCUUUAUUCCCCUCUAUCUCUCUUCUCUCUCUUUUUUUUUUUUUCUCUUUCCCUUUGUGCGAAAUUUGGGGUUUUUGAAUGGUUUUCGUUUUGUUUGAUUUUGUGAGGGAAAUUCAUGUUGGUUUUUUAUUCUGAAUAUGGGUUUUGAAGAUCGUGUGGGGAAGAGUAUUGGGUUUCGUUUACUUUUGACUCCUGUGGACUGUGAUUCUUGGGUUUGUACUUGCAAAGUUUUAAUCUUGUGAUUGUUUGAGGAACUGCCUUUGGGUGAAUUGGGGUUAUUUUGAUGUGGGUUUCGGGGUCUGGGUUUGGAUUUGGACACAUUUACAGGUUACGAGUAUAGAGAAUAAAUCAGAAGCUUCCACUAGAGAUCUUAACAAACUGUAGUAGCAUUGUGCAGCUGAAUUGGUGUAUAAAUAUGUGUAAGUGAUGGUGAAAUUGGUAGGUGAUGUGUAAAGCAUACAGGGUGCUUUGUCUGUUACAUAAAAGACAUUAUGAUUGAGAGGCUUGUUUUCGGUUUUUGAAAUCGAACUUUUGUUGGUGAAUCUGAUAUUGGCAUUUGGCAAGUUCUUAAUAGCGGAAGGAAAUGGACCGAGUGAUGCAGCCACCACUGGUUGAUACAACAGCAUGUUUAUGUAGAGUAGAUGCCGGACUUAAAACUGUUGCUGGAGCAAAAAGGUAUGUUCCUGGGUCAAGGCUCUGUCUUCAGCCUGAUAUUAAACCAUCUAUACAUCCAACAAGAAGUAAGCCGGCGCGCGGUGAUAGGAGUAGGAACCAAUCACCUUUGCUUCCUGGACUUCCCGAUGAUCUUGCCAUUGCUUGUCUAAUACGGGUCCCAAGGGCCGAGCACCGUAAACUUCGCCUAGUCUGCAAAAGAUGGUAUCGUCUUAUGGUUGGUAACUUCUUUUACUCCCUUCGGAAAAACCUUGGCCUUGCAGAAGAAUGGAUAUAUAUCAUUAAAAGAGACCGAGAUGGAAAAAUCUCAUGGCAUGCCUUCGACCCUAUAUACCAGCUUUGGCAGCCCCUUCCACCAGUCCCAAAGGAAUAUUCUGAUGCUCUCGGGUUUGGUUGUGCUGUACUCAGUGGUUGUCAUCUCUAUUUGUUUGGUGGGAAAGACCCUAAGAAGGGAUCAAUGAGGCGAGUCAUAUUUUAUAAUGCUAGAACCAAUAAAUGGCACCGUGCCCCAGAUAUGCUCCGUCGAAGACAUUUUUUUGGCUCAUGUGUUAUAAACAAUUGCCUUUAUGUUGCUGGUGGGGAGAAUGAAGGGAUUCAUAGGUCCUUGAGAUCAGCAGAAGUUUAUGAUCCCAACAAGAACAGAUGGACCUUCAUUUCAGAUAUGAGCACUGCAAUGGUACCUUUCAUUGGAGUUGUAUACGAAGGGAAAUGGUAUCUGAAGGGGCUGGGCUCUCAUCGUCAAGUUCUGAGUGAGGUCUACCAACCUGAAAACAACAGUUGGUACCCUGUGUACGACGGAAUGGUCGCAGGUUGGAGGAAUCCUAGUGCUUCUUUAAAUGGAAACCUCUACGCCUUGGAAUGCAAGGAUGGCUGCAAACUUCGAGUUUACGACGAAGUAACUGAUUCUUGGAGCAAACACAUUGACAGUAAGAUGCAUUUGGGGAAUUCUCAGGCAUUGGAGGCAGCUGCUCUUGUUCCCUUAAAUGGUAAAUUGGGCAUCAUUCGAAAUAACAUGAGCAUAUCCUUGGUGGACGUUUCAAAAUCCAACGAUGUAGAUGGAGCUACUGCAGAACAUUUAUGGGAAAAUAUAGCAGGAAAAGGUCAAUUCAAGACUUUGGUCACAAAUCUGUGGUCAAGCCUUGCUGGUAGGAACCGCUUGAGGAGUCACAUAGUUCACUGCCAGAUCCUUCAAGCUUGAAAAUAGAUUUGUAAAUUAAAUUAUAUCAUAAUCAAACUUAAGUUUUUUUUUGGUUUUCUAUCUAAAUACCAUAUGAUGCGAUGAGCUAUAAUAUACAUAGGAAGCUAAAAGCUUGCCAAGGUACCCAAAGAAAGAAAAAGAAAAAGAGUAUAUAGUUCGCCCACUUGUGCCUUGAGAAUCAAUACUAGUUAGAUAGGUGAGGUUGUUUGUUUCACUUUCUGUGUACCUGUCUUGUCACAUAUAUUUUACUAAAUGAUACACAACGUUAGUUAUGCACUAAA